CGUAAAUAUGGGUUGCCUUACUUCGUCUUCAAAAGAAGAAGAUAUAAGCAUGACUUUGCAAAGUUCUAAGAAGCUUAAAAUAGUGAUAGUUGGAUUAGAAGGAAGCGGAAAAACAUCAAUACUUCAAUAUUUGAAAAAUGGAAAAUUUACAGAAACUUAGCCUACAAUAGGUAUUGCAAAAUGAAAUUAGGUUUGAAUGUGGAAACAAUUUAAUUUAAGGCAAGACAUUAUUUAGUAUUUGAUGUUGGGGGAAAAGUUAGAACAUUAUGGUCUCAUUACUAUGAAAACUUAGAUGGAUUAGUAUUUGUAAUUGAUACAACGGAUUCAGAGAGAAUAGAAAUUGUUAAAAAUGAAUUGAAAAAAUUGGGCAGCGAAAUAAAAUAGAAAGUAUUAAGUCAUCUAAAAUAGAUAGUGUUGCUAAUAUAUUUGAAUAAAAUAGAUUUACCAAGAUCAGGACCUAUGGAACUAUAUAAGGAUAUUCAAUAGCAGGAAUAAGAUGUAGUAAUGUAGAGAUGCAGUGCAAAAACAGGAGAAGGAAUUUGGGAAGGUAUCGAUAAAAUGAAUAAAUUAUUGGAUCAUAAAUUUUAAUAGUGA